UUGGGUUUCUCACCCUCUGCCACCAUCUUUUUCUCACAAUUUCUUUGUUCUGCCUCCAAUUUGGUGUUUCUACAGAUACAAUUACUGCACAUCAUUCGUUGGAAGGAUCAGAAACAAUACUCUCCAAUUCCCAAAAUUUCAAGAUGGGAUUUUUCCGCCCGGAAAAUUCCACCAAGUAUUACGUCGGCAUCAUGUUUAACGUCCCGUCAAUGGCCGUUAUAUGGGUAGCCAACAGAGACAAAGGAAUGGAUGAUCCCAGGGGAAGCAUGGGAAUCUCAGCAGAUGGGAAUCUUGUGGUGUUGGAUGGAGAGAACAUAGUAGUAUGGUCUACUUCGUCUAAAUCUAAUAUUUCGACUAAUUCAAAUACUUAUGCUCAGCUCCUAGAUACCGGAAACUUGGUGUUGAAAGAUAGCUCAAGUGGGAGAUAUUUAUGGGAAAGCUUUGGUGAAAACUCCGAUACUCUUGUGGAGGGAAUGAAACUUGGGAAUGGUGCGAGUAGUAUUGGUAUAACAAGGGAGUUGAGAUCGUGGAAAAGUCCAUGGGAUCCAUCCCCGGGGAGUUUUUCUUUUCGUCUUCGACUACUUCAAAACAUUCCAGAGGUGAUAAUUGUGGUACAAAAUAACAGUAAGAUUUACUGGAGAAGUGGUCUAUGGAAUAAGCAGAUAUUCAUUGGACUGCCUCACAUGAGUUCUGUGUAUGACUAUGGAAGUAAGAUCAUUAACUAUGAUGAAGGGGACAUCACCUACACCUACGACACCUUUAAGAACAUGAAGGAGUCCACUAAAUUGCACUACGUCUUGACCUCUACUGGUUCUUACGUGGAGAAGUAUUGGGAUGAAGAGAAGAGCCAAUGGGUGGUGACAUGGGAAAGUGUUGCAAGCGGUCAAUGUGAUAUGUAUGGUAAGUGUGGGCCGUUUGGAAUCUGUGAUACUUUGUCUUCAAAAAGUUGUAGUUGUUUGAAGGGCUAUAGACCCAGAGAUGAAAUGGAAUGGGGCAAUGGAAAUUGGAGCAGUGGGUGCAUCAGAAAUGCUGCACUUCAGUGUCACAGAAACAGCUCGGAUGAGGAAAACAAGAAGAAAGAUGGGUUCUUGAAGUUGCAGAGGGUGAAAGUGCCAGAUUUUCCUAUUUGGGUGCCUUCUCUUGAUGACACUUGUGAAACUGACUGUUUGAGAGAUUGUGGCUGCAUAGCUUAUUCCUACUACACCGGGAUUGGUUGUACGCACUGGUCUGAGGAUUUAAUUGAUAUCCAGCAGUUUUCGACAGGAGGAGCAGAUUUAUACAUCCGUCUACCAUAUUCAGAACUUGAUCAAAACAAAAACAACAAAGUCAUCAUUAUUGUAAUUACAUUAACUAUAGGCUCACUAGCAAUUGCUUCUUGCCUGUAUUUUGUUUUGCUUAAGCACAGAGGCAAAAAAUCUUCAAAAGUCAUGCCUAGAGAGGACACCAGCCAUGUUAAGCUACUUGAAGAGCUACCAGUAUUUGACUUUGAGAUCAUAGCAAAAGCAACCGAGAAUUUUCAUUCUGGCAAUAAGCUCGGGGAAGGUGGUUUUGGCCAGGUCUACAAGGGAGUAUUGGAGGAUGGACAAGAAAUCGCAGUGAAAAGGCUUUCAGAGUCUUCUACUCAAGGCCAAAAAGAGUUUAUGAAUGAGGUUAUUGUGAUUUCCAAACUCCAACACAGAAAUCUGGUUAGGCUGCUUGGGUGCUGUAUAGAAAGAGGGGAAAAAAUGCUGGUUUAUGAGUUCAUGCCAAAUGGAAGCUUGGAUGCUCUUCUCUUUGAUCCCUACAAAGAAGUGGUUCUUGAUUGGAUGAAGCGCUUAAUGAUUAUUGAAGGAAUUGGCCGAGGCCUCCUUUAUCUUCAUAGAGAUUCAAGAUUGCGAAUCAUCCAUCGGGAUCUCAAGGCAAGUAACAUCCUAUUAGAUGAGCAACUGAAUCCAAAAAUAUCCGAUUUUGGUUUGGCAAGGAUAUUUGGAAGCAAUCAGAAUCAAGCCAAAACUCAAAGGGUUAUAGGCACAUACGGUUAUAUGGCACCAGAAUAUGCAAUAAACGGAAAGUUUUCAGAAAAGUCAGACGUCUUUAGCUUUGGAGUUUUGUUGCUAGAAAUUGUUAGUGGGAGGAAGAACUCUGCACUUUACCAUGAUGGCUUUGCAAUAGGCCUUGCAGCACAUGCCUGGAAAUUGUGGAAUUUAGACAAGAUGGAAGAAAUGGCAGAAGUUGGAAUGUAUGACAUGAGCUUCAAAAUGAGUAUGAGACGAUGCGUCCAUGUCGGCCUAUUAUGUGUGCAAGAAUAUGCAGAUGACAGACCAAAUAUUUCAAGUGUUUUGUCAAUGCUUAGCAGUGAAAUUGUAGAGCUUCCCAAUCCUAAACAACCUGCAUUUACGGGAAGACAGAGCUUUCCAUAUAACAAGUUUCCUAAGCAAAGCAGAAGUUUUGUGUACAAUGUUACAAUUUCUGACGUUGAAGGAAGAUAGUUUUAUUCA